UCUCUGGGAGGUUCUGAGACAAAGCGGGGGCCUGUGGCCUGUGGCCUGUGGGACGCGGGGUGGAUUUGGGACCCCUGCCACAGAGCCAGCCGCGUGCAGCAGGAGGGGGGCUGCACGCUCUGCCAACCCAACAGAGGUCGAGGAGGAGGAGGAGCUCCAGGCACCGGCCCCCAGACCAACGCCCACCCCUCGCCAGCCCGAUUGUGCUCCCAACUAAUAAACAUGGAGUCUCUGACGCCUUAUCACAAGGCCCACAGCGCCUCCAGGGUGGGCAUGUUCAACACCGCCAUGGGGACUCAGCGACAACUGCGCAAGGGAGAAUAUGACCUGUUUAAAUACGCACCCAUGCUCGAAAGCGACUUUGUGCAGGUCACCAAAAGAGGGGAAGUCGUCGACGUGCACAACCGAGUCCGAAUGAUGACCGUGGGCAUCGCAUCCACCAGCCCCAUCCUCCCGCUCCCAGAUGUCCUGCUGCUGGCCCACCCGGCCACCGGCUGUGAACAGUACUCAGACCAGGGCCAGGCCACCAAGGGAAAAGGCCGCAAGGCUUCCACGACCCUGGAGCUCACCAGGCUCCUUCCCUUGAAGUUUGUGAGGCUUUCUGUUCACGACCGGGAAAAACAAAUGCUUCGCCUCAAAUUCGCCACCGGCCGCUCCUGCUACCUGCGGCUGAGCCCCCCACUGGAUGCACAGGAAGACCUCUUCCCCUACUGGGAGAGCAUUAUCCAGGUACUGAGGCCGCCGCCGGUGCCCACUCACAGCAGAACCGACGCCGCUCGAGCAGAGGACAUGCUGGCCAUGCCUCUGCUGGAGGACGACGACGGGAGGAACGCAGCAGGCUCAGAUUUCGAAAUAGAUCAGGACCAGGUCAGUGUCAGGAGCCUCCACGAGGGCUCUGAGGUGGCCGGGGCCACCUCUGCAGCUUUUGCUGGCGGGGAAGAGACCUUUCAGGACCCCCCAAAACCCAACAGCGUGCCCACUGUCGCUGCCCCCAACUGCCCGGGGCUCUUCAGGGAGUCGGCAGCAGGGGCCACGACCGAGGCGGCGGCCGCCGGGGAGGCCGCGGCAGCCACGGCAGUGGCGGCGGCAGGGACAGCAGCAGAGUUCGCAGCGGGGGAGGCCGGCAGAUGCCUGGCGUUCGCCGGGCCCGGAGCUGCCGGCAAGCCUGCGGGAGCGCCGCCCCGCAAGCGCCGGGAGGAGGAGGAGCGAGCCCCCCGCAGUUCCCGCCACCGCAGGGCCGCCGACAGCCGCCACAAGGCCCCGGGGCACAAGAUAACCCCGGCGGACUCCAGCCGCUCCUUAGGCAGCCACAGAGCCGCGCGGGAGCCCAAGAAGGACAAGGGCCGCAGCAGCCCGGCGCGCGGCAGGCGCGCCCCCGACCAAGGCAUCAGCCACGCCCCCAGCGCCAAGGACUCCGGGACCUCCCACAAGUCGGGGCGGAGCCUCUCCGCCGGCAGGUCGGGCUCAGGCACCAAGAUGCUUGGCAGGAUCCGCGGGUUCCUGAGGAAGCUGAGAGUCAGCCUCGCUGCCAGGCGCGCGGCCUCCCCACACCGCAGAGAAGUGGCCAUGGGGAAGAAGACUGCGGACACGAGCGGUGUGGUGGAGGCCAUCGCCCAGGAGGCGGCGAGCAGCCAGGGCUUGGAGAGCGCAGGGAGCCGGUCACCUGAGGUCAUGGAGGGAUGGAAAUUCCUAGGCCCAGAUAUUGGGCAGCUGGGGGACCUCUCCCAGGAGACAUUAAAAAUAAAUAAAUAA